GCUCCACACUCCGUCGUCGAACAAAAACGCGGAAACAAAAGAAAUAAUCAGUUUGUCAAAACAAAUAACCCGGAGACGGCAGAAAGUGAACGUAUUUGUUGCUGACAGCUGUCAGAGUUAACACCGUAGCUUCUUUUAGCUUAACUGGCGGGUCUGUCAUGGCUUUGAAAAGAAUAAAAAAGGUAGGAAUAUCGAUCUUUUCUUGAUUUGUUUCAUGUUAUCACAGAAGAGGUUGGAGCGGCGCGGAAGCAUCGCUAUAUUUUAGCCACCAGUCAACCCUCUAAUAGCAUCUGUUUGCUAACCUGGAAGAAAGUAUUGAAAAGGGUUUUUGAAAGUAAUCCAAAGCUAGAAAUAUGAUUCACAAGAUAGAUUUUACUCCUAAUAAGUCAUCCCAUCACUCUUGUGGGGAUGACAUCCGAAAGCAGCUUCGCUUAUCUCAGAUGUGAAAGUUAAAUAAGCUAACUUCGCUAAAGUCAGCUAAAGUUGGCUCAAAUAUGAAAGUACUUCAACUAGGAGAGGGUUUGCUUUCUCUUCUGCUUUCGUUUUCAAUUAUGUAAGAUUGUCGUUCGUCAAAGUAAUUUAAGUAAUUUCAGUCUAUCUAAGAAUGAGGUUAUUAAAAUUGUUUAAUUGUCGAAUCUUUCCAGGAGCUGAUGGAUUUACAGAAGGACCCCCCAGCCUCUUGUUCAGCUGGACCUGUGGGGGAUGACAGUAAGUGUUAUAAUUCCUGUUCAUAUACAUGUCUACAUGCUCUAAUCCCUAUUUCUUAAGCUUUCAUCCUUGUUUCAUUUGUUUUUGUGUUGUUGAUUUGUGGAUUUAAAGUCUCACGCUUCAUAUUCUUACAUCUUUUUUUUAAUCUCUUUCUUUAUUUCCUCUUAGUGUUUCACUGGCAAGCAACCAUCACAGGACCGGUGAGUUUUUUCUGGAUUAGUUUCCAGGAUUUCUGUGAAACCAAGCUGCUUCUGGAUCUCUAGACAAUAGUGUUUUAUGUUGACUUUACAGCCCUUUCUAUUCAGUAUGGAGAGCACAGACUGGCACACUCCAUCCCACUGUUACUGACUGAAGCCAAAUGGCAUUACUGAGACAAUGGGGAAAGCGGAAAAAUCGUAAAUUCUUAAAAUAACCAAGUAAAAUCUGAAACCAACAGGAGGCAAAUUAUUUAGAUUAUCCCAUUGUUUUACUGUUUAUUUACAAGCAUUUUUUCAUCCUUCAAGGAUGCAGUUAGCAAAAUUUAACAAGUUUCCUCUUUAUUUCAGAGUGACAGUCCAUACCAUGGAGGAGUAUUUUUCCUCUCCGUCCAUUUUCCCACUGACUAUCCCUUCAAACCACCAAAGGUAAGAUUCUUGAUCAGCUCAUUCGUGAAUGUAGACAUUUCUCAACCAUUUCCAUUAUUUCCUGUCCUUAUAGAGAAAAUGAUAAUUACUCUGGCAGUCUAUCAGUCCUUUGAAAGCUGUUUUCAUUUCACAAACUUCCACCACCUUUAUAAUCAUUUUAAAAAACUGAUUAACUUUGUGCUUGUUUGUUCCUUCUCUCUUUACAGGUUGCCUUUACAACAAAAAUCUACCACCCAAAUAUAAACAGCAAUGGCAGCAUUUGCCUUGACAUCUUGAGGUCACAGUGGUCGCCUGCACUCACAGUAUCGAAAGGUAAAUAGCAUUUUCAUUCUGUGGUGUUGUAUAGUACAGCAGGACUGUGGGGUAACUACUUUCUACCUGAGACACGAUGUGACGCUAAGAGAGAACUAAGGCAGAAAAAGAAGAAAAACUUAGAUAAUAUAAUAUACUUUAAUAUAAAUAUAUAUAUUUUUGCUCUAACCCUAACCUCAUUCAUCUUCUUAUCAGCAAGUCUGGAUUGUAAUAAAUGAAUGAAGGUAUUCCCAUAGUUUCCGGAGUUGUACCUUUUAACCAUAUUUAAUUUACAAUGUUUUGGAAAUAUGAACUUACAGGUUUAAGAUGAAUUUGGAGGUUGAAAGAGGCAAAUAGUAGUAUAUUUGUCAUAAUUGUAUCAAAAAAUACUCUGAAACAUGGGGUUUUGAUAAGAAGGUGUAUGAAACGAAAGCCAUUUCACUCUUGAAAUGGCUACACAAUUCAGAAAGUUGUUUCCAAUUGUUAUUUAAUGUGUGUGCAUAUUCAUUUUUAUUUUUUCCUUCCAGUCUUACUAUCCAUUUGCUCUCUGCUGUGUGACCCAAAUCCGGAUGAUCCACUUGUGCCAGACAUUGCAAACAUCUACAAAACAGACAGGCAAAAGUGAGUUUUAAGGCCAAAAAAUGAAUUAGGGAUAAACACUUAAAAUUAGUCUACCAUUUUUUAAAAACUUUUCUAAUGUUCUUCUUUCUUUAGGUACAACAAAAUAGCCAGAGAAUGGACUCAGACCCACGCAAUGUGAUGGCCCAAUGCUCAACAUCAGUGAUGCAACCCUAAACACCUCACAAUAUGAAAGUACUGUUUUGAUUGCUCGACCUCACUGGUUCUAGCUGGGGUGUUUUACUUGCUUGAAGCACUUUCUUUCCCUACUCGAGACUUGACUUUACUUUUUUUACUGUUUAUUCUCCCUAAAAUUGGCAUAAUUCUAUUAUUAUUAGCUGUUAAAUGACCUGAUUGUAAUUCCUUUUAAAAGAUUUAUCGAGACUCUACAGAAUUUAUUUUUAAGUUUUUUCAUUAAAAGCCUUCAUAAAAUGGGUUGUUGUUCAUUUCUUUUGUACAAAAAAUUGUAGCUGAAGUUAUUCUGUCUUGCUUGAUAUGAAUGACCUUGUCGGAAAACAUUACAUCUGCUAUGAAGUCAAGUUUCCCUGAAUUAUUUUCUUCUUGGAACCACUAGGUGGCAGUCUUUCCUUUUACUGUCCAAGACUUUUCAAUCAGGUUGAUUCUCAAUAUUCAUGUUUGUGUUCUAUUUAAUAUUUGAUCUGGGUUCAUUUGGAUGAGGAGUGAUGCAGACAGGUGCUAUCAAAUUAUCUUGUUUCAACAAUGAAACAAAAUGAAUUCCUCUGUUCACUGAAAUUAAACUAGCAGUUAUCACCACCUCUGCUGCUAUUCAAAGCAGUUUAGGUCUCGUGCUGAGGUGUAUGUUACAAAAAAUUAACAUGGGAUUAAUGUUAGAACAGAAAUAUGAAACUGUUUCAUCUCUGUUGUACUUAUUAAUUAAUCUGACCUGUAAAGACCACAGGGUUGAGUUUUCAUACUGCCAAACAAAUGUUGUCCUAGACCCCUCAACUUCCACAGUUCUGAUUAGAAAAGGCUUGACAUUUUCGAUCACGAGAAUAAAGCAUUUAAAUAGGGUUUAACCUUAAACUCAACAGAUUAACUUGUAUGUUAAGGUGAAGCAGAGUCCAAGCUGAGGAAACUCAACUUUCAGGAGCACAUGCAGUCAAUGUUUUAUUGAGGUUAAAAUCAGUUUGUCAGGUAGGUGGAACAUCAGUCAAAUCACAUGGGAGAAAUCACUAAAAAUUAAUCAAGAGGUGAUUUAAGCUCCAGCUCUGACUCAAGAAUUAUUGAAAUUUUAAGAAAUUACAGUGAUGACUGUAGGUCCUUUGAGAUGAUCCUUUAAAUGAUAAAUCUAUCAGGGGAAAUGCUAUACAGAAAACAAAAAAACAACAACUGGGAUUUGCAAUUCAAAAUAAGCAUAAAAAACUAGAAUGAUGUAAACUGCACAUGCUAUACAUAACUGUAUAGAGAAUAAACCAAGAAUUACUCAGUAUUUUAUAGGGGCUUGCACCCUUUCCAUGUACUGUUUAUAUCUGCACACAUUACAGAACCUUUGACUUUUGAAUUUCUAACUACUUUUGAAUCCGUUGCAGGCUUCUGAAUGAAAUCGUAUUCUUCCACACUUGUUUUAGUCCCUACUUCCUGUAUUACUUCCCAGUAAGCACUCUCGGGAUGUGGAGUAUUUCCUCUGUAAACCAAUAAAAUUGACACAUGGGGUGUUAUUAACUGACA